CAAAAAAUUUGGGCUGUGGGGGAUUGUGGGAUCGUUCUCUUUGGCGAAAGUCAUCAUGGCUGCCCAGAUCAGUAAAAAGAAGAAGUUCGUCGCUGACGGAAUUUUCAAAGCUGAACUUAAUGAGUUUUUAACUCGGGAAUUGGCUGAGGAUGGCUARAGUGGUGUAGAAGUUCGUGUUACUCCAAUCAGGACAGAGAUUAUUAUCCUGGCAACACGAACACAAAAUGUUCUUGGMGAGAAGGGUAGAAGAAUUCGUGAACUGACGUCUGUUGUGCAGAAACGUUUUGGCUUCAARGAGGGAACUGUCGAGCUGUAUGCUGAGAAAGUUGCAACAAGAGGUCUUUGUGCCAUUGCACAGUGUGAAUCCCUGCGAUACAAGCUAAUUGGUGGAUUGGCUGUGCGUAGAGCUUGCUAUGGUGUCCUGCGUUUCAUCAUGGAAAGUGGAGCUAAGGGCUGUGAGGUUGUUGUGUCUGGRAAAUUAAGAGGACAGCGUGCUAAGUCCAUGAAGUUUGUUGAUGGUCUUAUGAUCCAUGCUGGAGAGCCAACCAAACAUUAUGUAGAUACAGCCGUACGUCAUGUGUACCUGAGACAAGGUGUACUUGGUAUCCAAGUCAAAAUUAUGCUGCCAUGGGAUCCCACUGGCAAGACUGGACCCAAGAAGCCUCUACCUGAUCAAGUUAGCAUUGUCGAACCAAAGGAUGAGCUUCUCCCCACACAACCCACGUCCGAACACAAGGGAGGAAAACCAGAGCAAGUUGCACCUAGCAUGUAGCCUACAUGGUGACACAAAUCAAAUAGGUGACCAUCUUAACCGCCUCCUCAAUGAAAUAUAAAUAAAUAUCAAGUUGAAGAUAAAAAA